GCUGUUCUCAAUCCUUUUCUCCUUGAGUCUCCCUCCUGUCCCCAUCUAGACACCUAUUGUCUUUAGGCUCUCUCCACCCUCAGUUCAUUCCAAACCUGCUUCCUGAGGCAGAAAAAGUGUGCCUUAUUCACUAAGCUAUAAAGGACUCGUGGGAAGGCGAGUGUUUCCCAUGGCACCUGGUACCGGCCUUUACUUGUGGAACCCCAGACCUGGGCGUCGAGGGAGGAAUCCCUCCAGGUGGACUUCCAGGAGGAAGCGCCCGGACUGCUCGUGGUCAGCUUUCAGAUUGAAAGGAGGGAUUUCCCAAACCCUCUGGAAGCCGGAAUCCACACCGAACCUCACGGCGGACGUUCGCGGCCGCGGAGAAGCUGGGCUGCGCGUGUUUGAUUGGGCGCAGACCCACCAGGCACCGCCUCGCAGAACAACCGAGCUUUCCGAAGCUUUCCCUCUUGCUGUUGGAGUUUUCACGACUCCUGCUGCAAGAUCUCUUGUUUGGGGCGUCAGAUUCUGGUGCGCACCAUGUCGAAUUUUGAAGAUGCAGACACAGAAGAGACAGUAACGUGUCUCCAGAUGACUGUUUACCAUCCCGCCCAGCUGCAAAGUGGAGUAUUCCAAUCCAUAAGGUUUUAUAACCGAGAGAAACUCCCCUCCAGCGAAGUGGUGAAAUUUGGCCGAAAUUCCAACAUCUGUCAUUAUACCUUUCAGGACAAACAGGUUUCCCGAGUUCAGUUUUCUCUGCAGCUGUUUAAAAAAUUUGAUAGCUCAAUUCUCUCUUUUGAAAUUAAAAAUAUGAGUAAGAAGACCAAUCUGAUUGUGGACAACAGGGAGCUGGGCUACCUGAAUAAAAUGGACCUGCCAUACAAGUGCAUGGUCAGAUUCGGCGAGUAUCAGUUCCUGAUAGAGAAGGAGGAUGGAGAGUCAUUAGAGUUUUUUGAGACUCAGUUUAUUUUGUCUCCAAGAUCACUCUUGCAAGAAAACAAUUGGCCACCACAGAAGCCCGUACCUGAGUAUGGCACUUAUUCAUACUGUUCCACCCAAAACACUUCUCCUACAGAAAUGGAUGAAAAUGAAUUGUGAACACAGACGGCUAAGAAGAGAAUCGUGAAGGAUGCAGAGCUCUGUGGACACUUUAUAGACACUCCACAGACACUCCACGUACUAAGUGGUGUGCCAGUACUAUUAAUCGGUGUCAGUUUCUGAGUGUAGUCUAUUAUGGUCGUCUGUUAUGGUGGCAAAUUUGGGAUCGGGUAUUAUCAUUUUGAAGUCUGUAAAUGGCAUUAGUCAUCGAUUUAGUCACCUGUUGCAUUCCUGGAUGUAUGAAGUAUUAUUUUAAGUGUACAACUGUGAGGCUUAAUGUACAAGAAGUAUCCUUUGUGAUGAAAGAAUAGUGUUCUCAAAGUAAGGUUAUAUUAUUUUCUUUUUA